UUCAAGCUUAAGCAGGUGAGUUUCAUUUCUAAAGUUUUCUUCUUAUCAUCACCUAAUUCUGGAUGUUAUUUACAAACCCAUUUUUUAUUCUUCUUCGUAUUCAAUAAAAAAUUGUUUGCAAUAUUUCUCCCCAUUUUCAUUAUUUAUACUGUUCAAUUUUAAAAAUUCAAGAACUAGAUAAGAAUAUAUGAGGUAUAGAAUGUCUAGGGUUUAGGGUUUUAGGAUUCAUGCAAAAAUGAUUGGGAGUAUUCAACAGAUUAAUUCUAUUACCCUUGUAGGUUCUUCUACACAAAGUACACUGAAUUUUAGAGUUGAACCAAUUAAGAAACACAAAGAACAAAAGAUUCCUGAAAACCCUAUAGCGAAGAGAAUUCAUAGAAUUUAUAGGAAGUCUCAGAAUAGAAAAGUUGAUAAUUUAGUUAAAGUGAAACCCACUUUGGAUAAUCCGAAAAGGAAUCAGAAUGGAAUGGUGAAGAGGAAACCUGUAGGAAAUAGUAAAGAAAAGGCUGCAGUUGAAGUGAGCAAGAAAGGGAAUUUUUCAAAGGAAACUACCAAGCACUCAGCAAAAUGGUUAUCUUAUGGGGGACGUUUACCGUUUAUUUUGCAAGUGUUGGAGAAUGAGGAUGAUUUAGAAGAAGCUUUGAAGCCCUGGGAGGAUAGUUUGAAUAACAAAGAGAGGAGCAUUAUUCUUAAGGAACAGUUGAGUUGGGAGAGAGCUUUUGAGAUUUUCAAUUGGUUUAAGAGAAAGGGUUGUUAUGAACUCAAUGUAAUUCACUAUAAUAUCAUGCUUAGGGUUCUUGGAAAAGCGCAGAAGUGGGAUUUGGUGGAGAGCUUGUGGAAUGAGAUGGUGAAGAGAAGAAUAGCCCCGACGAAUUCAACUUAUGGUACUUUAAUUGAUGUGUAUAGUAAAGGUGGUUUGACAGAAAAGGGGCUUCUUUGGCUGGAAAAGAUGAAGAAACAAGGAAUAGAGCCCGACGAGGUAACAAUGGGGAUUGUUGUUCAAACGUACAAGAAAGCAAGGGAGUUCGAAAAGGCUGAGCAGUUCUUUAAAGAUUGGUCAUCAGGUAAGAUGGUUAUCAAUGGGAGGAAAACUACUGCUGCAAGGAAAAGUUCUUUUUCACAAUCUAAUACCUGUUUUAGCUCGUACACAUUUAAUACGUUGAUUGACACAUAUGGGAAGGCCGGACAUCUUCAAGAAGCCUCUGAUACAUUUGCCCGGAUGCUAAAAGAAGGAAUUGUUCCGAAUACGGUGACUUUCAAUACACUGAUUCAUAUAUGCGGAAAUAAUGGUCAAUUAGAUGAAGUUGCAUCGUUGAUGCAGAAGAUGGAACAACUUCGAUGCCCUCCAGACACACGAACGUAUAACAUCCUUAUUUCUCUGCAUACUAAGCAUGAUGAUAUUUAUGCCGCAAUGAGCUAUUUUAUGCAAAUGAAGGAUGUUGGCCUGGUCCCCGACCCCGUGAGCUAUCGUACUCUCUUGUAUGCUUUUUCCAUAAGGCAAAUGGUUGGGGAGUCUGAAACUCUUGUCUCAGAGAUGGAUGCUUUGGGUCUUAAGAUUGAUGAAUUUACCCAAUCUGCUUUGACUAGAAUGUAUAUCGAUGCGGGGAUGAUAGAGAGAUCAUGGUCUUGGUUUGAAAGGUUUCAUCUUGAGAAAGAAAUGAGCUUGGAGUGCUAUUCUGCGAAUAUUGAUGCAUAUGGGGAGCGGGGGUACGUUCUUGAGGCUGAGAAAGCUUUUAUUUGUUGCAAAGGAAUGAAGAAAUUAAGUGUAUUUGAGUACAAUGUGAUGAUCAAGGCUUAUGGAAUAGGGAAGAAGUAUGAUAAGGCCUGUGGGCUGUUUGAUGAUAUGGAAAAGAAUGGGGUUUUGCCUGAUAAAUGCAGCUAUAAUUCUCUUGUGCAGAUACUAUCCGGAGCUGAUCUUCCAUAUGCUGCAAGGGUCUAUUUGCGGAAAAUGCAGCAGGUCGGAUUAGUAAGUGACUGUGUCCCAUACUGUGCAGUGAUCUCAAGUUUUGUGAAGGCAGGUCAAUUAGAUCUGGCGGAAGAUUUACUCAGAGAGAUGGUUGGAUUUGGUGUGCAGCCUGAUGUUGUUGUUUUCGGCGUCCUGAUAAAUGCAUUUGCUGAUGUUGGAAGCGUUACAAAAGCUAGUGGAUACGUUGAUGCUAUGAGAAAAGCCAGUUUACCUGGCAAUCAAGUUAUUUAUAACUCCUUGAUCAAGCUAUAUACGAAGGUGGGAUACUUGGAAGAGGCAAAGGAAAUGUACGACCUUCUUCAAUCAUCAAAAUCAGGUCCUGAAGCGUACUCGUCUAAUUGUAUGAUUGAUCUCUACAGUGAGCGUGCAAUGGUUACACAAGCAGAAAAGAUAUUUGAGGAUAUGAAACAAAGGGGGUAUGCAAAUGAGUUCUCAUAUGUUAUGAUGCUGUGUAUGUACAAGAAAAUAGGAAGAUUGGAUGAAGCUAUUGGGAUUGCGCAAAGGAUGCGUGAAAUGGGACUCUUGACUGCCUUGUUGAGUUAUAAUAAUGUGAUUUCGCUCUAUGCAUCAGAUGGUAGGCUGAAGGAAGCAGUUGAAACUUUUCGGGAGAUGAUUAAUUCGAGCAUUCAACCUGAUGAUUACACGUUCAGAUCACUUGGAGUUGUUUUAGUGAAAUGUGGAGUAUCGAAGGAUGCUGUUAGUAAACUCGAAAUAGGUAGGAGGAAAGAUUCCCAUAGUGGUCUGCAUGCUUGGGUGUCAACUCUCUGCUCUAUUAUAAGUAUAGAUGAUACUCGAAAGUCAUGUAAUAAGGCAGGAUUAGUCGAUGAGUUUGACCCUUUUGCAGGAAAUAUAAUGAGAUAUGAAGUUGGGUAGUGCUGUACUUAGAUUUUAUCUCAUACCUUAAGGAAAAUUAGGGUGGAUGGACACUCGUUUGCCUUUCUGCUUAGCGUCCAGUUAACUAUGAGGGGUUUUCUUCUAAAAUUGGCAUGGAGAUAUCAUUUAAAGGCCACUGGAGCUUCAGUUUGAUGUACAUUCUCCGAAUGGGGAUCAGCCUUCAGGUAAGCGUUUUGGGUGAUAGCAUUAGGGCCUAUGCGCGAAACCUUGGCUAGUAUAAGGAUGUAUUCCGCAGAAAUGGUUCCAGUUUGCUCCUCCAAAUUAUUCAAUUUGUCUCUGGUUGAAGUACUGCUGCGCAAUGGUGUUUAGGUAAUUACCUAUUCUAAACUUAGGAUAUUCAUAAAUCAUAUAUUGCAGCGGUUUUGCAGUUGUUUCGAUUUAUUCAGCCUAAACUAAUUGGCGUCUAGAAUUUUACCUUCGCACAGAAGAAGACUGAGAUAUAAGGGAUUGUCAAAAUGAUUAUUAACUGAAGGUUUAUAAUGCUGAAGAUGGGAACCCGAUAAUUCAUUUUGAAACUAAGAAUGAUAUAUGGUAAAAGAAGCAGACUUCCAACUGUUAAUAAUAAAGACCACCACUGUUGUCAAGAAACAGUUGAAGAAUUAAGCAAAUAUGGUUGAGAGAAAAGGAUGAUCUUGUGGGAGGAUGAAGCAAAUGUCAUGUGCAAGGACAGUGCAGUGCGCUCUGGAUGUAGAAACUAACUACUUGCUUUGUGAAGAGCAAGGUGGAAUUGGGCUGAGUCUAAAAUGGUGAAGAUAAAAAAAUUCGGCCCUGUGAAACUGUUCUGAUGUGGAAUCAAGGAAACUCUCACUGCCGCAUAAGGUUGCUGUCAGAGUGUUAUUCAUAUACCAUUUUCAUCCCUGAUUGAUUUUCAUGCAUAUCUGUCACUUCCUGCUUCCAGUUUUUUGCAACUUUCUAAGAAAUGCUGGGAGCAAAUCUCAUGAUGGACAA